AUGGAACCACAGGCUUGUGACGUAGUGGUAGUGGUGCUGAGCCAAACGGAUUCACACCACAUCGAUCUCGCUCAACAGCUAAAAGCUGAUAUUCAUACACAAGCUCUUGCUGUGUCGCAGGAUGUUCCCGUUGUGCAUUUGGCCCAUGAAGAAUUUUCACAUCCAGGAACUUGGACAGUCGUACCUAUUCUUCCAAAGCUUCGUGCUCUGCAUGGUGAUAAUAGUUCUUGGAUUUUCUUUUGCGAAGAACAUACAAAAAUUAACCUUCCUUACGUACUACGUAUUCUCGAAAAACAUGAUCCGAAUGAGCUUGUGUGGGUUGGACAUGCCAUUUAUGAUAGAGAAGCCACCAUUAUUCACCACUUUGCAUUUUUUGAAAAUCCUCAGCACUUUAAGUAUCCAAGUUUUGCAUCAGGUUUUGCAAUGACUAGUACUUUGUUAAGGAGAUUAAGUGCUCAAGUAUUAGAAUAUGGGGCAUCGACUGAUUUUUCAAUUGAUCCUGCACAUGAAUUAGCACUGUUUAUUUGGAAUAAUGGAAAAGGUCCUAGGAUAACUCACGUACCUCACUUGUGCCUUCAAAAUAAUGAAGACUGUGCCUCUUAUCCAAUGCCAUUUACACCGUGUAGUGAUCCAGUGAGUAAAAAAUCUAUAUAUUUUGCUGUUAAAACUUGUGGGAAAUUUCAUCAUGAUAGAAUUCCUGUCAUUAAGAAGACAUGGGCAAAAUACGUUCUGAAUAUUGGUUUCUACAGUGAAGUUACAGAUAAUUCUAUUCCCACAAUCGAUUUGGGUGUUCCCAACACAGAACGAGGCCACUGUGGAAAAACAUUUGCUAUUUUAAAACAUGUAGCUUCACAUGUUAAAAAACAUCCUGAGAUAAAAUGGAUUGUUGUUGUAGAUGAUGAUACAAUUCUAAGUGUCACAAGAUUGCAGCAACUUUUAUCGUGUUAUGAUCCUAAAAUCAUGACUGCAAUUGGAGAAAGAUACGGGUAUAAUGUCCAACAUUCAGAUCAAGGAUACAAUUACAUUACAGGAGGAGGAGGCAUGGUCUUCAGUACUAAUUUGAUUCAAGCAAUAGUUAAAUCUGAACAAUGCCAAUGUCCAUCAAAUUCUACACCAGAUGAUAUGUUCCUUGGAAUUUGUUUAUCAUCUCUAAAUGUUCCUAUUACUCACUCACCAUUAUUUCAUCAGGCUAGACCAUCUGACUAUGCGCCAGAAUAUUUAACAACCCAAGUUCCUGUAUCAUUUCACAAACAUUGGAUGAUAGACCCUCUAAAAGUGUAUAAAAAGUGGUUUGCAGAAGCAGAUAAACAGUUCGAAGAAGUCAUCCAAAACAAACAUGUAGAGCUUUAAAGGAGCUGUAAUAUUUUCAAAACAGUUCAAAGUGUAACUAUAAUUCAGCAAUAAAGGAUUGUUAUAAGCAAAGAGAACUUACAUAUUAACUUUGUCUUUUUGAAAGGUAAGAGAAGGUUUUGACAAUUUUGGUGCAAGUGGACUGACUUAAAAAGAAGUAUUAAGGACUUUUUUUAUUAUGUAGUGAAUAUUUAAUUUCAUUUUUCCUUUGUUUUUAAACUGUACUUAUUCAUAUUACAAUUGUUGAAUUAUAUUUUUGUACAUAAUUAUUCAAAUUGUUUGUAUGUUAGAAUGUUUGGCUGAAAAAACACUGAGGUGAAAAUAGUUUUGUUACAGCUGAGAAUUGUUUGAAACUGAGAGCCAGAGAUUCCUUUUCAACCAUGAUAAUAUAAUAAUAAUAUUCUGGAAACCAUUUCUGUUUGUUAAGAACAUUCCCAUGAUGAAAUAUUUUGAAAACAAUUGACCAUCAUUCUUAAAGGAAUAGAGAAUUGUGUAUGAAAACACUUUUCCAAAAAGUAGUCUUCUUUUAUUUAUUUCAUUAUUUCAAUCUAACUUAUUAAACAUUGUAAAGCUGAUUCCAACAAUGAAUGUAACAGCACGUGUUUGCUGCCAAUAAUAUUGUGGUUAAUUGCUUUUAUUAGUUGAAAAUCGUGUGAAUUAGUUUUGUUUUGAAUUGACAAGGGCUCAUAAAAUAAGCCUGCAAUAAAAUGUACAUCGUAUAUUAUAUGUGUUAAAAUAUUAUUAAUGAAAAGUAUUUUCAUAAUAUUUUAGUAAAUUAAUGCAUAAAAAUGUUAUGUUAAAAGAAAAUGAAGAUAAAACCAUUAUUUUUGUAAUUUUUAAUGCCUAAUAUUUUACAAUGAAAUAUAAUAGUUUCUCACAAUAUUCCUA